GGCUGCGCUCCCCGCUGUCCCCGACCUGUCCCGCACUGUCCCGCACUGUCCGCGCUCUUUCCGGGAUGGACUCCGCACAAACGUGACCACUGCGGCAGUUUCCCGCUUAAACACGGAGUGAGAGCGUUUUAAGAGCGUGUCAGGAGCGUGUCAGGAGCGUGUCGGAGCCGGGAGGAGCAGGAGGAGCAGCAGGAGCAGCAGGAGCAGCAGGAGCAGCAGGAGCAGCAGGAGCACGCCCCGCUGCGCCUUCUUCCAGAUGUGGCGCAGUUGUUCCGUGGCUCGGGGCGCAGACGUGAGGCCGGUGGAUGGAGAGGAGUCAGCGGGAGUUUAACGGCCGCGGAGCUGUCACCGCGCGCGUCUGACGCGCCUCCGCAGACAAGAGGAACCAUGAAGAAGAACGAGAGCCGCCACAAGAACGAGAGCCGCCACAAGAGGAAGCUCAGCACCGGAGACACCGGAGACACCGGAGACACCGGAGACAGGAACGGUGAGACCGGCCCAGACACCGGAGACACCGGCCGAGAGGCGCCGGGGGCGGUGGCAAGACCAGCGGGAUGGAGACGCCAGGAGGUGCUGGCUCCUCCUCCUCUCCUCUUUAGGAAGCUCAGUCACCCCGACCUUUCUCCGGCCGCCGCCAAGUCUAAAACCAAACCCAGACUCAACCGCCAACUGAGCCAGGACGAGACCAGGACCCGGACUAUGACGGGUAAACAGCUGCUGCCUCUGUCCUGCAGCCUGCACAGCCAGCUCUCCUCAGGACCGGGACACGGACCGGGACAUGGACCGGGACAUGGACCGGGACAUGGACCAGGACAUGGACCAGGACCGGAGGGGGACCUGCUGAGGAUGAGAGGACACACUUUGGGACAGUCUGCCCCCUCUCUGACUGCUCUGAAGGAGUUGUCGGUGCCGCGCAGAGGGAGUUUACUGUACUCGAGUAUCCAGACUGUACUCGAGUAUCCAGACUGUGCUCGAGUAUCCAGACUGUACUCGAGUAUGAGUAUCCAGACUGUACUCGAGUAUCCAGACUGUACUCGAGUAUCCAGACUGUACUCGAGUAUCCAGACUGUACUCGAGUAUGAGUAUCCAGACUGUACUCGAGUAUCCAGACUGUACUCGAGUAUGAGUAUCCAGACUGUACUCGAGUAUCCAGACUGUACUCGAGUAUCCAGACUGUGCUCGAGUAUCCAGACUGUACUCGAGUAUGAGUAUCCAGACUGUGCUCGAGUAUCCAGACUGUACUCGAGUAUGAGUAUCCAGACUGUACUCGAGUAUCCAGACUGUACUCGAGUAUCCAGACUGUACUCGAGUAUGAGUAUCCAGACUGUACUCGAACUGUACUCGAGUAUCCAGACUGUACUCGAGUAUGAGUAUCUAGACCGUACUCGAGUAUCCAGACUGUGCUCGAGUAUCCAGACUGUACUCGAGUAUGAGUAUCUAGACUGUACUCGAGUAUCCAGACUGUACUCGAGUAUGAGUAUCCAGACUGUACUCGAGUAUCCAGACUGUGCUCGAACCGUACUCGAGUAUCCAGACUGUGCUCGAGUAUCCAGACUGUACUCGAGUAUGAGUAUCCAGACUGUGCUCGAGUAUGAGUAUCCAGACUGUACUCGAGUAUCCAGACUGUACUCGAGUAUGAGUAUCCAGACUGUACUCGAGUAUGAGUAUCCAGACUGUACUCGAACUGUGCUCGAGUAUCCAGACUGUGCUCGAGUAUCCAGACUGUACUCGAGUAUGAGUAUCCAGACUGUACUCGAGUAUGAGUAUCCAGACUGUACUCGAGUAUCCAGACUGUGCUCGAGUAUGAGUAUCCAGACUGUGCUCGAGUAUCCAGACUGUACUCGAGUAUCUAGACUGUACUCGAGUAUGAGUAUCCAGACUACUGUGCUCGAGUAUCCAGACUGUACUCGAGUAUCCAGACUGUGCUCGAGUAUCCAGACUGUACUCGAGUAUGAGUAUCCAGACUGUACUCGAGUAUCCAGACUGUGCUCGAGUAUCCAGACUGUACUCGAGUAUGAGUAUCCAGACUGUGCUCGAGUAUCCAGACUGUACUCGAGUAUGAGUAUCCAGACUGUGCUCGAGUAUGAGUAUCCAGACUGUGCUCGAGAACAACAGGCUCACACCGCUGUGCCCGGCACGGAGCGCCGAUCCUGGGCACACACUUUAGUCUUCCAGAGGGACAGGGGCCUGGAUCAGAGGGCGGUCACAGUCUGGACUCACCCAGGAAUCAAGCUCUUUUCAUGGGCACAGAGUGGGCCAACGGCAGAGGAUUUACCCAGAGGAGGAGCUGUGGUCCAUGGACUGUCACCUGGAGGGGCAGAGGCUCCGGCUCUGUCCAGAAAAGGAGCACUUUAUGUGGACACGUCCUUCGGCAGAGCUCCCUCCCCUCUGGACCCACGCUCACAAAGUGGAUUAAAGAUGAAGAGGAGGAAGGAGCGCUGUGGCUCCAACCUGCGGCUGCUCAUCCUGAGCCCCUCCCCCAUGAGGCCCUCUCUCUCCCCCUCUGCGUGCCCCUUCGAUCGCCCCCUGUCUGCCCCUGCACACCUGCGAGGAAACCCCUUCCUCUGGAGCAGUCGCAGCAGUAACAGGAAGAGCCUCAUCGUGUCCAGCACCUCCCCCACUCUGCCCCGCCCCCACUCACCUCUGCACACAGGUCCCAGUCCUCUGGACAGCCCUCGGACCUUCUCCCCAAACACGGCCGCUCUCUUCUGCUUCGCCCCAUCCAGAAGCGUCGGGCACAGAGCAGACAGGUGUGAUGGGCGCCGUUGGUCCUUGGCGUCUUUGCCUUCGUCUGGAUAUGGAACCAACACCCCGAGCUCCACUGUGUCGUCUUGUUCGUCUCAGGAGCGAUUACACCAGCUGCCCUUCCAGCCGACCCCAGACGAGAUCCACUUCUUCACCCGACACUUCAGCUCCAACCGGGACCAAGAGGAACCUCCAAAAACCCGACCCAGAUCCCGGUCCCUGAGUCCUGGUCGGUCUCCCGUCUCCUUCGACCAUGAGAUCCUGAUGAUGAACCAUGUUUACAAAGAGCGAUUCCCAAAGGCCACGGCUCAGAUGGAGGAGCGACUUCUGGAGCUGUUGGAGCUGCUGUCCUCUGCUCCUCCUGCAGGGAGCGCCCCGGUGGGGGACUGUGUGGACGGGGCGCCCCCUGGUGGUGAUGGAGGAGUCCUGUCUGACGGGGUCCUGAGCUUCAUCCAACACCAGCUCCUGGAGCUGACCCGAGACCUUCUGGACAAGAGCCGUCAGAGACUGGUGACCACACGAUACUUCUGUGAGCUCCAGGACAGUCUGGAGAAACUCCUGCAGGACGCUCUGGAGCGGUCCGAGGGCUCAGAGCUGACCUCGGUGUCUCAGACCAUCAAACGUCUCAUGAUGAUAAUCUCUCGGCCCGCGCGCCUCCUCGAGUGUUUGGAGUUCGACCCGGAGCAGUUCUACCACCUUCUAGAGGCCGCCGAGGGACAGGCACGAGAAGGGGAGGGCAUCCGGAGCGAUCUGCCCAAGUACAUCAUCAGCCAACUGGGACUCAACCGGGACCCACUGGAGGAGAUCGCUCAGCUGAGCAGCUACGACAGCGAACUCCCCGAGACGCCCGAGACCGACGCCUCCACCCACGCCUCCACCCACGCCUCCACCGAGAGUUGUGUGUCGGCGUCUCCUGCUCCUCAGGCCAAAAUGAAAACUCCUCAAGAAGACGACUUUGAGACCAUCAAACUCAUCUCCAACGGAGCCUACGGAGCCGUGUACCUGGUUCGACACAAAGAGACUCGGCAGCGUUUUGCUCUGAAGAAGAUCAACAAACAAAACCUUCUGUUGAGGAACCAGGUGCAGCAGGCGUUUGUGGAGCGGGACAUCCUGACCUUCGCCCAGAACCCCUUUGUGGUCUCCAUGUUCUGCUCCUUCCAGACCAAGAGGCACCUCUGCAUGGUCCUGGAGUACGUGGAGGGGGGCGACUGUGCGACGCUGUUGAAGAACAUUGGAGCUCUCCCUGUGGAAAUGUCUCGUCUUUAUUUCGCAGAGACGGUUUUGGCGCUCGAGUAUCUCCACAACUACGGCAUCGUUCACCGUGACCUCAAACCCGACAAUCUGCUCAUUACGUCUCUGGGACACAUUAAACUCACCGACUUUGGACUGUCCAAGAUCGGCCUGAUGAGUUUGACCACAAACCUGUACGAAGGACACAUCGAGAAGGACGCGCGCGAGUUUAUCGACAAACAGGUGUGUGGUACCCCUGAGUACAUCGCCCCUGAGGUCAUCUUACGUCAGGGUUAUGGUAAACCUGUGGACUGGUGGGCCAUGGGGGUCGUCCUGUACGAGUUUCUCGUCGGCUGCGCUCCGUUUUUUGGAGACACGCCGGAAGAGCUGUUUGGACAGGUCAUCAGCGAUGAGAUCCUUUGGCCUGAUGGAGAUGAAGCUCUGCCUUUGGACGCCCAGGACCUGAUCUCCAGCCUCCUGAGACAAGACCCACUGGAGAGACUGGGAACAGGUGGAGCGGUGGAGGUGAAACAUCACGUCUUCUUCUCAGACUUGGACUGGAACAGUUUAUUACGACAAAAGGCCGAGUUUAUCCCCCAACUGGAGUCAGAGGACGACACCAGCUACUUCGACACUCGGUCCGACCGGUACCAGCACCUGGACUCUGAGGAGGAGGACGACACCAACGAUGAAGAGACGGUGGAGAUAAGACAGUUCUCCUCCUGCUCCCCACGAUUCAGCAAAGUGUACUCGAGUCUGGAGCGUCUGUCUCUGGUGGAGGACAAAAGGACUCCUCCUCUGUCCAAGCGCAGCCUCAGUGAGGAGACAACGAGAGACACCAGAGACAUGAGAGACAUGAGAGACACCAGAGACACUGUGAAAGGAGUGAAGACUCAAGACAGAGGAUGGCUCCUGGGCUCUCCAGAGAACCUGAGGAAGCGUCUCUCGGUCUCGGACUCGUCUCACACAGAGAGCGACUCGUCGCCUCCUCUGACCGUGCGCCGCCGCUGCACCUCGGCCAUCGAGGCUCCACCACGAUUCCACAUCAGUGAUGAGGGAGUCGUCUGUAAAAGUCCCAGUUUUCUGAAGAGCCUGAAGUCUGAGGAUCUUCCGGGCUCCAUCCCAGAGACGCCCGGACCAGACCGUCCCGGAUCCACCCCGGAGCGUCCCGUGGAGAGAGAGCUCAGUCUGGACGAGUCCCCGAUCCUUCGCCGCUGCGGCGGCUCAGCGAGCGGCUCUCCCUCUGCCCCUGACCCCGCCCCUGACCCCGCCCCUGACCAGCCCGACUCCGCCCACAAACCUGAGUCUGACCUGGGGCCCAAACCGUCUCCUGACAGUUCUGCUAAACCUGAAAUCAGAGCGAACGCUCAGAUCGACCAGAAAACACCCAGCUCCUCCCCCAAACCCUCUGACUCCACCCCCAAGCCCCCUCACUCCACCCCCAAACCCCCUGACUCCGCCCCUAAAGCCCCUAAGUCCACCCCCAAACCCCCUGACUUUACCUUUAAAUCCCCUGACUCCACCCCCAACCCCCCUGACUCCGCCCCCAGAGCCAUCAGCGACCUGGCGGCGCGUCGGGCUCGUCACAGACUUCUGUCGGGAGACGCCGAGAAGCCGCAGACUCAGGCCACGCCCAGAGCAUUCAACAAGGUCAUAAAGUCCGCCUCCUCCUCCGCCCUCUCGCUCAUGAUCCCCUCAGAGCACCAUGGAGUGUCCCCAUUGGCCAGCCCAAUGUCCCCUCACUCGCUCUCGUCCAAUCCGUCGUCUCGGGACUCGUCGCCGAGUCGUGACCUGUCGCCGGCGGUGACCGGCGCCAGACCGGCCAUCACCAUCCAGCGCUCGGGCAAAAAGUACGGCUUCACCCUGAGGGCCAUCCGAGUCUACAUGGGAGACACCCACGUGUACGCCGUGCACCACAUGGUCUGGCAUGUGGAGGAGGGAGGUCCUGCUCAGGAGGCGGGGCUUAGAGGUGGUGACCUCAUCACUCACGUGAACGGAGAGGCCGUGCACGGACUCGUGCACACGGAGGUGGUGCAGCUGAUCCUCAAGAGUGGUUCUAAAGUUUCCAUCUCGGCGACGCCGUUUGAAAACACGUCGAUCCGAGUUGGUCCAGCACGAAAAACCAGCCACAAACCCAAAAUGGCACGACGCAACAAGAAGAGCAGGAGCAAGGAAGGAGGAGACAGUAAGAAGAAGUCGUCUCUGCUGCGGCGCAUCACAAAGCAGGCGUCGUUACUCCACACGAGCCGCAGCCUCUCGUCUCUGAACCGCUCGCUGUCGUCAGGAGAGAGCGGCCCCGCCUCCCCCACCCACCAGUCCCCACCCACCCAGGCCCACAGGUCCACACCCGACUCCACCCACUCAGGUGGCUCCCCUCAGAGCUCCUCCCCCUCCUCGACGGUGCCUAACUCUCCAGCCCCGGGUCACGCCCCGGGUCACGCCCCGGGUCACGCCCCGGGUCACGCCCCGGGUCACAUCAGGCCCAGUUCUCUGGUGGGUUUGGGCCAUAAGCUGCAGCGUCAGUAUCGCUCGCCCCGGAGGACGUCUGCUGGAAACAUCCCUUUGUCUCCGCUCGCCCGCACGCCGUCCCCGCCCCCUUCGACCGGGACGCCGCCGCGCUCGCCCUCGCCUCUGCCGCCCAGUGCAGCUGCCCCAGUGCCGUCUCACCCCUCGCUGCCUGUCGCCCGGCAGGUUUCCCGCUCUAAAAGUGGGGACUCCCCUCGCUCGCCUCUGCUGAAGAGAGUGCAGUCUGCAGAGAAGCUGUGUGUGAGCGCCCCCUGUGGUUCAAGCCCUGGUACUGCAGCCGGAGCCAGAGGGAAAACCAGUGUGGACCUGACUCACAGUCUACAGGACCCAGUUCUGGACCCAGUUCUGGACCCAGUUCCGGACCCUGCUCCACCUUUGGUCCGAGCGUCUCAGUCCAAACUAAAGGACAAACUGUCGACGAUUCGCCAGGACCGAGCCGAACGCCGCGAGUCUCUACAGAAACAAGACGCCAUCCACGAGGUGGACUCCUCUGAGGACGAAGACCCAGACUUUUGUAGACCCAGGACUGGACCCGGACCAGGGGCCGGACCAGGGGCCAUCAGGAUCGGACCGGGCGGGACUCUGCCCUCUCUGUGUCUGUCCCCCUCCCCACAGCUCGCCACAUUCAGCCACGCCCCCCCUCAGCUGACCACUCCCCCAGACCUGACCACUCCCCCAAGGCUGACCACUCCCCCAGGGCUGACCACUCCCCCAGGGCUGACCACUCCCCCAGGGCUGACCACUCUGCCGCCGCUGCUGGAGUCCCAGGGGGCGGAGUUCUGCUCUAGACUUGGGAGCACCUUCAAAAUGGAUGAUCGAGAUGUGUUUGUGAAACCGAAACCACCGCAGAGAAGCCCAGAGACGACUGAGGCCAGUGGGGCGGGGCAGGAGGAGGCGGAGCAGGAGGAGGCGGAGCAGGAGGAGGCGGGGCAGGAGGGGGCGGAGCAGGAGGAGGCGGGGCAGGAGGAGGAGGAGCAGAAAUCGAGUGAGAAGAAGACUUUUACCAAACCGCUGCCACCAAAGAACAGACCCGUGCCAGCCACACAAACCCAGUCCAGACUAAGACCAGGACCAGAGACAGGACCAGGACCAGAGACAGGACCAGAGACAGGACCAGAGACAGGACCAGAGACAGGACCAGAGACAGAGACAGGACCAGAGACAGGACCAGAGACAGGACCAGAGACAGGACCAGGACCAGAGACAGGACCAGAGACAGGACCAGAGACAGGACCAGAGACAGGACCAGAGACAGGACCAGGACCAGAGACAGGACCAGAGACAGGACCAGGACCAGAGACAGGACCAGAGACAGGACCAGGACCAGAGACAGGACCAGAGACAGGACCAGAGACAGGACCAGGACCAGAGACAGGACCUGGCUCUUUCUUCAAACCUCUGGUCUCUUCUUCCACACAGACUCCAGCUGGUGCUUGUGUUUCAGACAGAACCUCUGGAGUUAAAGCCUCAGCCGAGGUAAACAAUCAAAAUGGCACCUUUUUAGAAACAGGAACCAGCUCUAGACCCAGACCGGACCCCAGACCGGACCCCAGACCGGACCCCAGACCGGACCCCAGACCGGACCUCAGCUCUAGACCCAGACCGGACCUGAGACCAAGUCUUGAACCAAGACUUUCUGCUGGUUUGACCUCAUCUAACGUUCUAAAAACAGGAACCACAUUUUCAGAAUCAGCUGAAAAACCCGGUUCAGAGUCUGGACCUGGUUCUGAUUCUGGACCUGGUUCUGGUCCAGGUUCUGGGGUUGGUUCUGGUCCAGGUCCAGUCUUGUCUCAAAGUUUAUCCAAAAGGAAAAAGGACGCAGACAAUCGCAGACUCUCAGCUCAGGUCUCCAGAGAAGAAUCAGAUUCAAACAGAAGUUCAGUAAAAAGUGUUUUAGGUCCAGUUAAACUUCAGACCCACAGCACCUGUCAGACCCACAGCACCUGUCAGACCCCGACAGGUGUAAAGGCCGGACCACGAGGAGCGCCCUCUGGAGGAACACAAAAACCCUCCACAACUGGACUCAUGGGAAGAGCCGGAACAUCGGUGGAAUCUGGACCGGAACAAACUGGAACUGAACCAAAAUCAAGCACGAAAAAGACGUAAACAAAGGAACCGCAAACAUCUGAAACAGAGGAACCGCAAACCUCUGAAACAGAGGAACCGCAAACCUCUGAAACAGAGGAACCGCAAACCUCUGAAACAGAGGAACCGCAAACAUCUGAAACAAAGGAACCGCAAACAUCUGAAACAGAGGAACCGCAAACAUCUGAAACAAAGGAACCACAAACAUCUGAAACAAAGGAACCACAAACAUCUGAAACAAAACCACCGUCUCUGUCAGGACCACAGACUGUACAUCUACAUGGACAAAGCUAACGUGCUAAUGUGCUAACUGCUGCGCUCCAAACAAGUGAGCAUGUGUCCUCUC